AUGGACGACGAGACUAAUAUUGAGAAGCUGGACCAGGAAAUCACACUGCAUUUGCAGAAGAUCGAUUCCAAUUUGGGCGCUUGCUUCAAGAGAAUCACACAGGAUAUCAUACCGCAUGUGAGGAAGUACUCGACGAUUUGCGACCAGAUCAUGGACAACACCAAUUGGUUGAGUGUUAUGUUUCAGCAGACCGCCAACGUGGACUUAAAUUUAAAUGGCUCUUUGGUGCCACCUGAUCAAUUGCCACAGCAGCAACAACAACAGCGACCAGAUAGCAUAUUCCCACAGAACGUGGCCAAGAAGAGAAAGAGCAAUGAAUUGGACUCCAGCAGUGAAAUCAUUGUCCCAAAAUUGAACAAACAGCAAGAAAAAGAUAGCAAAGACAACAAGAGGAAGAAAGAUAAUAACGCACGCCGCAAUGAUUUCAAUGAUAAUGAUGCAAACGUUACUUCAACGGGUCAAGUAUUGAACGUACCAGAUUCUAGUGAAGAUGACGAGGAGAAUGACAUGGUAACUGCAAACGAUAAUGCUGACGCUGAUGGAAGUACGAUGCAAAGACAAAGUCGUAAGAGGAAAGUAUCCUUGUUGCUACAGCAACAAUAUGGGUCUAGUUCUAGUGUACUACCUUCUCCAACCAUUAUAAGUACAAACAAAAAUACCAAUUUGAAUUUACAUGAUUCCACUUCAUCGGAUAUGAUGGAUAGUUCUCCCUUGAAGCAACCAUCCGCACACGAGGAGCAUAGCACCAAGGAAUUACCAGGACCAUCCACAGACGAAGGUACAGACGACAAUGUUAACGAACUAGUGAUUCACUUUCCAACCAAUUGA